GAGCAAGAGUGAGCGAAGGAGAACUGGCGCGGUUAUUGCGCUGCGGCGGAUCGAGGACGAAGUAAAGCGUGCGAGAGAGCGAGUGAGGUCCAGUGCGGAGGGGUGGAAAAAAUGUACAUGUGGAAAGCCAAACAGAAAAAGUCUGGUGCUGUGGAAAUACUGCGAAGGGAACGAACACACACCCGUGUGAGGCUUCUAGGAGGGGUACCACACGCACAGAGCGAUUGCUGGUGUAUUCGCGCGCGCCGUCUGAUGCCGUACGGAGUUAGGGAGGAAUCGGUGAGCAAUUUUUAAAAACAGUUCCAUCUGAGACAUUGUGUGAAUUACAUGUGUCCUGAGAAGCUUGGUCCGCGAAGAAGCUCGAACCAGUUUUGGGAUUUUGUGUUUUGUUGAAAGCUCGGGACGUAAUUCGCGCAGAUCUUGAAAGAUCUCUGGAAAUCGAUCAAUGUGAAAUUUCGAAGGUUUCGAAGGUCGAAAAGUGUAAAACGGCUUGGAUAAAAAAAGGAUUUUAUCAGUACUGAAGUGAUUUGUAACGGAAAAGCACGCGUUGUUCUGAGAUCGUAUUUUGCAAACGUACGCAUGCUUGGAAGACGCUACCAAGUUGUACGAUAGUGGAGUGAGGAGUGUUGCAACUGUUGCCAUUUGAUGGAUUAGACUGGCCUCGAACGAAGGAUAUCUGAGUGAAGAAAACAAGUGAACACUGUGUGGUACAAGAGUUUAUAGAUUACGGUUCAAGUUGGAAUCAUUAAGUGAAACGCAGAUGCAUCUUCCGGCUAGCAGCGAGUGUCAAUCGCCUACAGCAGCGGCCAAAAGCAUGAAUGACAUGUUCUCGAAUCUUCACGACAUGCUGCAGGAGUACCACGGAGAGCUGGUGCAGACCGGCUCGCCGGCGGUCCUCUGUUCAGUACUACCGACGCACUGGCGCUCCAACAAGAGCUUGCCGUGUGCCUUCAAAGUGAUCGCCCUGGAUGACAUCCAGGACGGCACCCCGGUCACAAUUAAGGCCGGCAACGACGAAAACUACCACGCCGAGCUUAGAAAUUGCCACUCUGUGAUGAAGAAUCAGGUGGCAAAGUUUAACGAUCUUCGCUUCGUCGGAAGAUCCGGUCGGGGGAAAUCAUUCUCGAUCACGAUUACCAUCGGCGGAAGCCCGAUCCAGAUCGCCACCUACACCAAAGCAAUCAAAGUGACCGUCGAUGGACCGCGGGAACCUCGAUCUAAGCAAAAUUUCGCCUACGGCCAUCCGGGUGCAUUCAAUCCGUUUAUGCUGAACCCGGGGUGGUUCGAUGCGGCCUACAUGAACAUGAACUACGCCUGGUCUGACUACUUCCGACAGCAGCAACUGCAGGUCCAGCAGCAACAGGCGAGCCAACCGAGUCCGGUUAGCGCCCCUGGAAAAGGAUCGCCAACGCUACCAACGCCGAACGGUACAACUGGACCUCUUCUACCUACACCGCCAGCAGAUUUUAUGUCGCUUUCUGGAGCACCGGCAUCUACGAACGGUCUUCCUACUCCAACCGGUCCGGUACUGCCCAACGGAGCCACGUACCUUCCACAGUUUCCCUUCGGACCCCACGCCGAUCUGCAUCUGAAAUCUCCAUUCCUGCCUUAUGACAUUUCACCACUUCGUGCCAACGGUCUCCGAGGACAUCAACUAUCCGCAACCCUAACCCUCUCAUCGAAUGACUUCAUCUCCUCCUCACGCCUCUCUCCCGCGUCCUCACGAAAUUCCACCUCCUCACCUCCCUCCACGCUCAAUCAGUCCCAAAUCAAAAUGACCAUCGAGCUCAACUCCACCAACGAGCACUCGUCCGCCGAGGAGUCCGACGACGAGCCCAUAGACGUCGUGAAGUCAGCCUUUGUACCGAUACUUCGACCGGCACCGACGUCGUCAGCUGAUACCACCUCGGAUGCCCACCCCCAGGCACCACUGAAAUCGGAAACGCCCGAUUCGACGACCACGACUCCCAACUCGCCCCCGCCUCCAGUGCAACCGCAGACGCGAUGCGAACUGAAAGCUCCCUCCUCGAAGAAACCCCAACUCCACGAGCUGGCACCGAGCGAACCCUCAUCGCCGGAAAGCACCAAGCUCAAAUCGCCCAGCCUCAUCAUCAAACAGUCGGCGAAAACCGUUUGGCGGCCCUAUUGAGAGUAUCUGCUGCUCUCCAAGGUGCUACUUUCCCGACUCGGGAAGUAGCUUGUAGCCAAUAAUUCAGAGAUCUGGUGAUAUUAAUGUUAAACGAUAAUCGGUGAUUUUAGUGAGUAGCAAACAGAAAGAAAGACGACAAUUGUAUAUAUAGUAAAUCGCAAUAUGUGAAUAUGUUGUAUAGUUCUACACCUAGCGCUACGUGAGAUUUCUUUUUAUACUAGAUAUAAAAAUCAAAAAUCGUUGUACAUAGAACAGAAUGUUUUCAUUUGGGUAAUCGGUGAAUAGAGUUGUGAUAGACUCGACCAAUUGAUUUCUCAGUUUUUAUUUAGCAAUCAAAAAUACCUACAAUCCAAAAAGUGUAAAGAAGAAAUUAGAUUUUAAACCUAAUUUAAAACCUUAGUGAGUAAAUGUUAAAACGCAAGAAACAGGUACAUUUUUUAUAGUACAAACACAUGGUAUUUAAGAACAGUCGGUAGACCGACACUGGAAUAUGCCGAAAUGUGAGAGAAUAAAUCUUUAUAAAAAAAAAACAAAUCGACAACAA